AAAAGUCUCCAAAACCCUGUGAUAGUUUACCCUCGCCUCGCCCAUGUCUAAACCCAAAACGAGAGAGAAGUGCAGAGUGUGAGUAAUCGGUGACCAAAACGCAGCACGAAAUCAAGAAUGUUCGGUGCCAGAAAUCUGCAGAGGCAGUGCUUCAAGCCCCUCUCUUCUCUCCUUCAACUUCAACUUCAACUUCACUCCAAUCUCUACAAAAAUGUUGUGCCUUUAGGACAUAGGACUGAGCAGAGCAACAUAGUUAAAGUGGAGCCGUACCAUGAUGUUGGUUUGUGUGGUUAUGUUAAGCCAUUUAGUUUCAUGAAUGGAUCAUCGUCGCGGGCGAUGUCAACAUCGAAAGGAAGGAGCAUGCGAAGCAAGGUGGAGAAGAGGAUGCAGAAGGAGUCUGGUAAGACAUUAAGGGAGAUACGUAGAGCUAAGAAAUUGAAGAAGAAGCUUAUGACAGAAGAAGAGAGGCUUGUUUACAACCUCAAAAGAGCGAAGAAGAAAGUGGCAUUGCUAUUGCAAAAACUCAAGAAAUAUGAGCUACCAGAUCUGUCUUCUCCUCGGCAUGACCCGGAGCUCUUAACACCUGAGCAGCUUCAGGCAUAUAAAAAAGUUGGAUUCAAGAACAAGAACUAUGUCCCUGUUGGUGUUCGUGGAGUCUUUGGAGGAGUUGUGCAAAACAUGCAUCUCCAUUGGAAGUUCCAUGAGACUGUGCAAGUUUGUUGUGACAAUUUCCCCAAGGAAAAAAUAAAAGAAAUGGCUUCAAUGCUUGCAAGAUUGAGUGGUGGGAUUGUGAUAAAUGUUCACGAUGUGAAAACAAUCAUUAUGUUCCGUGGUAGAAACUAUCGUCAACCCAAAAAUUUGAUACCUAUUAACACCCUUACAAAGAGGAAGGCUCUAUUCAAGGCCAGAUUUGAGCAAGCUCUUGAAUCUCAGAAGUUAAACAUAAAGAAACUAGAACAGCAGCUCCGACGGAUGGGAGUAAAUCCUGAGGAUCCAAGUGCUAUGGCCAGCAUCCAAAGAGUCGCUUCCACGUUUUUCAAUGCCAUUGACAAGAAAGAGGGAAGUCCUUACGUGUUCCGUGACGGAAAGCAGUCAAUAACAGAACCUAUUGAAGAUAAAGGAGAGUCAGAGCCUUCUUUUGAUAGUGAUCAGGAAGAGCUAGAUCAAUUCAUUGCUGAUAUAGAGGAUGCAGCAGAUAAAGAAUAUGAAGCUGAAGAGGCCAAAGAAAAUGAAGAGAUGAGCAGAAUUAGAUAUUGGAACAAAGAAGAUUUUGGUGGAAGAUUCAGAAGAUCAGAUGUUUCUAGAAAUGAUGACUAUGAUGGUGAGGUUAGAGUCUCAAGGGCUUGGCAGACUGCACGUCCUAAGCAUCGGGCUAGGGAUAGUGAUGAUGAAGAGAAUGCCCAUUCUGAUAAUGAUGACGGUGAUGAUGAUUUUGCUGGAAGAUUCAAAAGAUCAGGUGUUUCUAGAAAUGAUGACUAUGAUGGUGAGGUUAGAGUCUCAAGGGCUUGGCAGACUGCACGCCCUAAGCACCGGGCUAGGGAUAGUGCUGAUGAAGAGAAUGCCCAUUCUGACAAUGAUGACAAUGAUGAGUGGCAUUCCAGUAAUAUUGCUGAUGAUAGUGAUAUUGAUAGCAAUGGCUCUAAUGAAGGUAGAGGUAGGUUCAAGGAAAGUAGAACGGGGAGAGAGAUGGGUAGGACCCGAGUCAAUGGAAGUCCAAAUAGACACGUUGAAGGUAAAUUUAGGAGGAACAUGGCCAUAGAAGAUUCUGAAUCAGAAGGCAUGCUUAGUGAUGUUGAGAAUGCAAUGUGGGAGUCUGAUGAGGAUGAAAAUGACUCAGGACAUCUGAGACAGGUCAGGGACAACUACAAGAGUAGCAGCAGUGAUGAUGAGCACACGUUUCAAAUAAAGAGAGACAAAAAGAAUGGUAUGAGGGAUCAUAAGCGUAAGGUUGAUGAUCCCGCUCCAUAUCAUAGUAGUUUUGAUGCACCAAAGAGUGUGAGAGGGACCCAAGAAGGAAAUGGCAGAACCGAUUUUGAGUCCACAGAUGUAUUUAGCGGUCGAGAAAGCUGGUUGUGGGAUUCAGAUGCUGAGGAGGACUCAAGAGUAUCAAGAUCUGCUAGGGAUGGGAACCACCCCACAAGUCAAAAUAGCAAUGUGGUCAAAAGUGAUAUCCAUAAGAGGAGAACACCAAAAGAAGCUGAUGAGGCUUGGGACAGUGACUAGCCCAGUAAAUGUUAGAUCAUAUUUCUAGGAUGUUUGGAUCAACUCAUCUUUCAUCAGAAUCGUUUUUGAAACCCAAGAACUACUCACAGAAGCUUCUCCCCAUAAUUGAUUCUGCCUUGAGAAUCAAUUGUAGAAGGAUAUUCAAAUAUGCACUUGAUUAUGGUAUUUAUUUUGGACUGUGUUUGACAAGCGGACAUUGUUUUCUGGUCAAAGACAAGCAGACUUGAAACAAGAAAUUGGUCCAAACAAAAUCAAGAAGGUAUGAAGCACAAGAUAGCCUAAUUUUUUCAGUUCUCACAUGGAGCUUCCUCUUACUAUUAACCUGAUAGUAAUGUUAUCUGCACAAGUUACUACUGCACUUCCAGUCAUAUGAUGCAUGUGGCAUAUUUUUUUAGUGUUGUUUGAGGAAUCAAACUUGGACCUUAUGCAAAGAUUAUUGUUUGAAUGGAAGUUUUGAUCGUGAAGGAAUUGAAUUUAAUCAAUUGAAAUAGAAAGAAA